AUACUAAACUGCAUAGUGUGCAUCGUGGAAUUUAUAUUCCUGCGAUGAGUUAUAGUUUAUAACCGCAACAUCGCCAAAGCAGGUGCACGAAAACGCCUCCAAGGUUUUCAAGAUGCUGAAUCUGACAUUUUUAUAAAUUGACGAGUUGGUUAUGUUUCCGCGUGAGAGUUUUGCUUGUAUAACCAGUGUAAAUAAUGUUAUGAAUGAGAGAGGAAUUUUAAGUCUUAAUGUUUCAAUGUUAAAGUUAUGAUUUAAACAAUACGAUUUUGAGAUUUUUCUGUGAGUGGUGAUUGGAAACUAAGAUGAAGUCUUGAUUUACUGACACCUUUUAUGUCUUUAAUGAUUUUAUUUAACAAAAUCAUUUACCAAUAGUUAGAUAAGUUUUGUUAAUCUUCCGGAUCAUUUUGUGCACACCUAUCUAUUCAGUAGUUCAGGUGUUUAGACACUGCUAAUUUAAGUUAAAAAAGUUUUAAAUUUCCAUGACCUCCGACGUAUCAUGGGUCAUGUGGCACGCGCUUAUAUUGUAUUAAGACAUAUGCACGGCACUAAAAUACUGUAAAAUGUCUCAUUAAGACGUUGGUUAGUACCAAGGCAGGAAGGAGAAAGGAGUUGACGGCGGAUCUCCCCAUUUGAUUUUUUUUUAAUUAUUAUUUCUUAUUCAAUCAAAAUGGAAUUAAUCAACGUGUUUGCUUUUAUCCUGAGUGUUACUUAUAUUAAGUGUUAUCCUUUUUCUGAAGGAGAUAUACGUUUAAUUGGAGGAUCUAGCUCUAGUGAGGGAACAGUAUUAGUAUUCCAUGAUAAUAAAUGGGGAUCAAUUUGCGACCAUAAUUGGGACAUUAGAGAUGCUCAUGUAGUCUGUCGUCAGCUCGGGUACCCUAGAGCCUUGCAGUAUGUUCAUGGGAGUAAAUUCGGUAGAGGACGCACUGACGAGUCCAUUUUAAGAAGAGUAUGGCUUGCUGAUGUCUACUGUCGAGGAUCUGAACAAAGUAUUUCAGCAUGUUGGAACCCUGGAUGGGGAAUAUUUUAUCGCCGUCAUCGGAAUUCAUGCGGAGGCCAAAGACAUUCUGCAGGUGUUGUCUGUUUGAGAAUUCCAACACCUGCUCCAACGACAUUACCGCCAACAUCGAAUAUUGAUGGAAACGAAAUUGAAAGUGCUGUUGUUCAAAACAAUGACAGGGUUGAAGUUGUUAAUUCGCAACCGUACAAUGUGCUUCUAGGGGACGAAGCCGAUAAUGUACCCCUUGAUAUACGAUCACAAGUAUCAGAUAUAGGCGAUGAGGCUAAUAAUAUACCAAUUGACAGACGACCCCAAACAUCAGACCAAAUUGGAAGAUUAUCAAAUGAAAGAAAAACAACAACAACGUAUAAGCCGACGACAAGAAAAACAACAUCUCCAACAACUACUACGACGAAAAAACAAACGACAACUAAACCAUCUACAACAACUGUCAAAACAACAACAACAACCACUAAACCCACAACGACGACAACAACAACAACCACUAAACCCACAACGACGACAACAACAACAACCACUAAACCCACAACGACGACAACAACAACAACCACUAAACCCACAACGACGACAACAACACCAACGACGACGCCGACAACAACGACAUCGACACCAAACCCUGGUACAACAAUAUUUUUCCUAGCAGCUCGAUUGCCUCGUAGAAUGCGAAUAGGACAAUGGACAAUGGAUAAAGAUACUGAAAUGUGGGUAAUGCCUUUGAGACAAGGUGGUUUCUUAGUUGCUAAACCAGGAGAGUCUACAAAGACGGUUACUAAAGAAGAGUAUAUCCAUAUGAGACACGAAAUAAUGAAACCACCACCUAUCACAACACCUUUUGUCCCCAUUUCAAACGAUAUUCAAGAUGACCAAACGGUGGAAGAAGAUGAAAGAGGCGAACGUAUGAAAGCAGACGACCCUGCAAUAGUGUUGGAAGAUACAGAAGGUGAUAGUGUCAUUAAAUUGGAAGAUGAUGACAAGAAUGAAGUUGACGAAGAAGUUCAGGAGCUGUUGACAGAGAAAGUAAACGAGGAUGAUCUGGCCAAUAGAUCAUUUAAUGUAGAGCAAACCUCUCCGUUACCAACCACACAGAAAAUAUCUACACAAAAACCGAUGACGACAACAACAAAAAGGCCAACGACAACAACUACUACUCCUAAACCGACAACCACUCCGACAACUACCACGAAGACAACAACCAAACCAACAAGUGUAAUACCAACAACACAAGGGCGUGUAACACGUCAAUCCACUGUAAACGAUAGAGCUGAUGGGUUACCAGCUUUGUCUGUUGGCUCAUGGGUAUUGGACAGAGAGGUUGUUUUAUGGGUAUUGAAAUUAAGAGAUGGAAAGUUCAUGAUUUCAAAACCAGGCGAACGACCGACAAAAUAUACCAGAGGUGAAUACAUCAAUAUGCGUCUACAAAUUUUGGGACAAUCGACAACUACACCAGCCCCUAUUCGUCAACCGAAUAGACAGUCCAACCCGAGGCCAAUUGCACAAGAUGAUGAUCCUUCCGUAUCAUUGGACAACAGUCCAGGUAGGACACUGGUAAAUGUACCUGAAGGUGGUAACACAAACCAAGGAAAUAACGUAAACGAAAGAAUUGGUACCAGUUCUGUAAACACUGGACUUCCUAGCGGCUUUCAUGCACACCGUCAUGGGCAUGGUAACAGAGCUGACAACAGACAUAAGAGGGUACAGGUAAAGUUAUCUGGUGGCAGACACAACAAUGACGGAAGAAUUGAAGUAUUACCACCGGACCAAGAUGUAUGGGGUGUUAUCUGUGGUGACCAUUGGUCAAUAAGGGAAGCAAUGGUAGCAUGCAGACAUUUUGGAGUAGGAUAUGCAAUGCAAGCCGCUAAGACAUCUCAAUUUGGAGGAAAAUACCAGAAGAAGUAUUACUCCCGUGUUAGAUGUAAAGGAACAGAGAAGACCUUAGGUCAUUGUACUUGGGAAGAACAUAAUGGCAUGGUACAGUGCGGCCAGUCGGAUGCUGUUGCUGCUAUUGUUUGCUCUAAAAACUUGCCAGACCUUGAGCCCAGCACAUAUAUGGUAGAAACAACAUCAUUCCUACAAGACAGGCACAUGUAUUAUUUAACAUGUGCUAUGGAAGAAAACUGUUUAGCUAAAUCAGCUUAUGAAAUAAAAAGAACUAGUUCACGUUGGAGAACAAGCACACGCAGACUUUUACGAUUUUCCAGCGUUGUUAAAAAUAAAGGGACAGCUGAAUUCAAACCAACAAGUACUCGAGCUGAUUGGGAAUGGCAUGCAUGUCAUAUGCAUUACCAUAGUAUGGAAAUAUUUGCUCAUUAUGACAUCACUGAUUUGAAUGGAAACCGCGUAGCAGAAGGAUUAAAGGCUAGUUUUUGUUUAGAAGAUUCUGCCUGUGACAGAGGUGUACAUCCAAAAUUUAGUUGCCAAGGAUAUGGCGAACAAGGUAUAUCAGUAGGUUGUUCAGAUAACUAUAUGGCUGAUAUAGACUGUCAAUGGAUAGAUAUUACUGACUUAAAACCAGGAAAUUUUAAAUUUAAGCUUGAAGUCAAUCCGAGUUUAUUUGUACCCGAGAUUUCAUUUGAAAACAAUGGUAUGAAUUGUGAUCUACAUUAUUCAGGAUACUAUGCAAGGAUAACAAACUGUAAAUUACAUAGUAUUUUGUGAGAAUCGUUCGUAUUUUCUGUAUUUAGACAUUGUUUGUACAUCUUGUCCAGAUUUCUGAGUUGUACUUUAAUGUGAUGUUACAAUCAAAUUGUUUUGUUCUGCUUUGUCUUUCAUUAUUACCAAAGACUUGAUAUGUUUAAAAAGAAACACUAAAAUGUAACCAUACAUAUUUUUUCUCGAAAAUCAAAUGUUUUUUUUUAAUGUACUGUAUUCAAUAUUAUUUUUUAUAAAAUCAGGAAAAAUGUUAAAACUUAUGACCACCUUAAAAUUGUGUACUGACAUAUUUUUGUUUAAAGUUAACCACAUCAUGUUUUUCUAUCAUUGCAUGCGAUUGUAUGUGUUGCUUUUUUUUAAUGUAUUGGAAAUGAAUAAUAUCCAAAUUGUUAUUUUUGACAUUUUUAAUUGUUCAUAAAUAACAUUUAUUCAUUACUCUAUUUGUAUUUCUUAAUAUUUAAGUUAAUUUAAUAUAAUAUAAAUCAAAUUAUAAAAUAAUAACCUCGAAACGGAAAACAAAUAAUAUAACAAUAGUUAUUAUAUUUUGUAUGAAUAAUAUGAAACAGCAGCCCAACAACACACACAUUUUAUAUGACAUAAAGUUUCAUUUCAAGGGACCAUUUCUAUCUUCUUUUUCCAUUAUGCAUUUGAUUUUAUUGGCGCCCACGGUAAAUGGUUAUUUUGAAAAAAGAGAUAUUUCUGCAAAUGACAUAAACCAUAAAGAUGUAUGUG